AUGUUCGAGUUCGACACUGCUAUAGCUUCCCGCAGACGCAUAGGCCUGAGCUUGAUUUGUGUGGAUUCAGCAUUACUCAAGUCCAAGCUGCGUGCUCAGUUUAGCGAACCCUGUGCUAAUAUAACCUACCAUACCUCACACGCAUCCGUUUUGAAGGUGCUGUCUGAGGGCCGCAAGAGGCUGGGCUUCGACCAGGCCUGGAUGCCAGACUCCGACUUCCAGAUCUACAACUCUGAGGAUGAGGAAGCCGGCCCCCUCAAGGGCAAGAUGAGGGACAACGGCCUCAUCGACUUCACCUACGAGGUCCACCUGUACUACGAGCCGAAGUGA